AUGGCGGCGGAGGACGAUCAGCAGCAGCAGCUCACGACCGCCUCGCUUCGCCAGGAUCGGUCAAAGCUCUGGUUCUUUAAAUCGAACGACAGUAGAAUUGCCGCCAAGCAGAACUCGCUCGUCGCGCUCAAGGAAUUGUUGGUUUCUUCAUCUACCUCGAAUCGAGCGAGAUUUGCUGAAUCUAUGCUGGAAAUCGAAGUUUUACACCAAAUCCUCUUUGGAUUCGUGAGAUCCCCAACGUCCCCGUCGUAA